UGCGCGCUAAGAGGCGGGGCCAAAGGCUGUGGCCCCGCCUCCCAGCUCUGCGCCUGCGCAGUGCGCGCCUACCGGCGCCGGGCUGGCUCAUCCGGGUCCCUAGCGCGGCCGUUGGCCAUGGCGGCGGUGGCGGAGCUGAAAGCAGUUUUAAAGGACACGCUGGAGAAGAGAGGCGCUCUUGGAGAAAUAAAAGCAAGGAUCAGAGCUGAAAUUUUCAAUGCGCUGGAUGACCAGAGUGAACCACGGCCGCCGCUGUCUCAUGAAAAUCUCUUAAUCAACGAGCUAAUUCGUGAAUACCUGGAAUAUAACAAAUAUAAAUACGCAGCGUCUGUUUUAAUUGCAGAAUCUGGCCAGCCUGAAGUGCCCUUGGACAGACAGUUUCUUGCCAGAGAGCUCAACGUAAUCGAAGAUGUAAAUGGAAAAUCAGUCAGACCUCUCUUGUAUGGAAUUAUUUCUCACUUCUUACAUGGUGGGAAGGAAGAAGGUUCCCAGAAUACCCUUCCCAAAGCGCCUUUGCUGACUUACACAAAGCACAACCUUGGCAAACCACCUACUGAGAGAAAUCCAAAAGUUUCAGAUGGAAUUCCAGAGCCGGGAAGGAUGGCUGGCACCAGCAUCGAAGAGCCCCUGGUUAUACAGAGUAUAAACCGAUGAUCUCUUUCACAUGCCAGUUCCUGAUGUGAAGUUCUGUACGAGUUCAUGUAGGAAAUUCUUCUUGGCAUAGAUAUCUCCAGGAUGUCCAGCGGGACCAUUGCAGCUUGGUAGAUCCACCCAUGAGACAGAAUGACAGGGUUGUAAUUAACGCAACAAAUGUUAGCAAACGCUCUUCCUCCAGUGCCAAUGCGAGGAAGACUGCAGAUUAGUGAAGCCUGUGUCGAGAAUUGGCCUAAAAAUACUGCUUUUUCACUUCUAUUCUGUGUGGUGUUUUGAAAGUGUUCAGACUACACAUUUUAAUCAUUCUUGUUUAAGAAGAAACUGCUACUUUCAGAUCAGUAUGGGAAAAUAAAUUUGAAUAGAAAAUUAAAGUGCUUUAGAGGAAUAGUUGUUUUUAAUUCUCCGGAAAUGAGGACUAUAUUUAUCUUCAUGCCAACAAACAAACCAGGGUAAGGCUUUUCCAUCAGGAGUUGCUAUAAAUUGUACGGUGCAACGCUGAGUAGAUGGGAUGGGGAGGAACUUCUGUUUUUUUCCCAAACAACAUGAAACUCCAAGUCAGGCAAAACUAAAAAUAAAGUUGAUAAUAGAUUACUGA